AUGCUUGUCGAAGCAAACGUGAACUUCAAAUACCUCAAGCAACUGCAAAUACAAGUCCGGGCUGCUUUUGAAUUUGGGAAAGUACCAGCCGAUAUCACAGUGCGGCAGAUUUAUCCCUCGGGCCACAUAAGACUUCCCCGCCAUCGAACAACGCAGCUCGGAGGCGACGGAAGAAUGUUCCAAAUCUCGUUUCCCUCGUUGAAGUCGUUUAAAUUGUUCGGCGAAAAGCAGGCUAUUAAUAUUGCGCCUGUCAAUUCGCAUGAUAUCGAAAAUGCGCAAGAGAAGUCGGGGAGAGCGUUGAAGCACCUCCUCAAGCUAAACCAUGCAAACCAUGCGAUUCUUUACAAUGACCGAAAAUUCCAUAACCAUGCACCACAUCUUCUAAGUGCCGCCUUCCUGCUGGGCGCGGACGCGGAUGAUCUUACACGCGUUUACGAGAAUGAGUCCAAGUUGCUUGAUGAAUGGGCUGAUUCGCCGGCAGAGGUCACGAACGAUGACUGGAGAGAUCAUCUAGGCCAUCGAGAAUAUCAGAAGGCCUUUGUAGAUUUCUAUGAAGAUGAGUUGGUACGGUUCAAUUAUGACUGGAAGAAUGUCGUUGAGGAGUACCUCUUUUCCGGCGACAAGCCAGUGUUCAGUUCUCUUGCCGCUGACCUUGGACACCCACUUAUCCACCUCGCCUUUGCAUAUGAAAUUGGCAGCCGCGAGGUAGGAAUGGAAGCACUGGGUCUAGCAUCAGUAUGCUACAACAAGAUACACAACUACAUCGACGACCCAGUCGCAUCCCAACUCGAGCCAUCGUACCAAUCAACAUCACUAUUCGAAAUCUUUGAGAAAGUCCGCUCAGAGAAACAAUUCGAUGGACUUUUCGCCACACCAGGUGAUCACAACAUGGAAAAAGUCUUCAGCGACCGCGAAGCCGUCCUCCUUAAUCACUGGAACGCAUGGAAGAUCGUGAACCCCGUCGAGCAGUUCCGCGAAAGCCAAGAGCUAGCAGUGGCACUUUUUGUCGCCUCAAACGGCGAUUUAUCUCAGAAAUAUGACUUCUUCCUCAUCCACGUACUUACGACGAGCCAUGCCGUCCGGGUCCUCUUACCGGUGAUUCCGGCGAAGUUCCAGAUCCCUCUCGUCCGGCAAUGGUGGCUCAUCACGCUGGCCAUCUUCAUUGCUCAAUUACGACCUGAGCUGCCACUCGAUCGCAUUCGUGAUUUCGAUCUCAAGGGGAGAGACUGGGAUUGGACUGCUAAGCAAGCUGUUAAGGGCGAGUACUCCACAGAUGCGCAUUAUGUCAAGGCUAUCUGGGCUUUGAAGCAGACUGCAAACACCUGGGGUGAUCAGGAUAAUUUCUAUUUGAAAGCUGCUGUGAAGUUUGCAGAGGAGUUCAAUGGCUGGGGUGGUUUCGUCUAA